AUGGCCGGCAAGGGUUGUGCACAUAUGGCCACGACUGACCCGCCCCCAAUUAAAGCCAAAGGGGACCCACAUACCCUUCCUGAGAACAACGCUGGUGGUAGCUACUCUGUCACGAUUUCUGGCCAUGCUGUGUGCAGCGUUUCGGUUGACGGUCACAGUUCAUUCAAGGUCAUACGCAGCUUCAUCGGCGGCUGCCCAAGUGACGACGCUACUCAACUCGCAUCUAGACCGCCUGAUGAGAUGUCAUCUGCUGACCAGGCGAUUCUUGCUUGGACGUGGUUUAACAAUUUUGGGAAUAGGGAGAUGUACCUGAACUGCUCCGUAAUCAGGUUCCAAUCAAAGCCCGGAGAUCUUCAGGCGAAUGUGGGAAAUGGAUGCAAGACGGUGGACUCGCGGGAUGUCAUGAUCCCGAAUCCGGGGCCAGAUGUGGAAGUCAGUAAUUCCGAUGCUGUGCCGCCGAUUGGUGACUGUGAAUUCGGGCCCGGGGCGAUUGCGGGGUCCGGUUCGGGGUCAGGUUCGGAUAACGGGGGCAACGGAGGCAGCGAUGACGGUAGAGGAAGAAUUCACGAGCCUGGCAAUGACUGGCCUGCAGACUUCAACCCGGAUUCCGGCAAAGUUGUGGCGGAUGAACAGAUACCAGUACGUUACACGGAAAAUAGGAGUGUGAGCGCGAACGGUGCUGACAGUCAGGUUGGAAAGGAAAAAGAAAAUAUUCAAGCAGAACAUGAUUGA